UUUAGGGACCGCAGGAUGCAUUUUAGAAGUUUAGGGACCAUCUUAAAGGCAGUUGACACAUUCAAGGACCAACUUGGCUAUUUACCCCAAAAAUUUCAUUCAUCACUGAGGCCCAGAUUCAAUUUAAGAAAAGCCCAAAAACACCGCGUAUGGUUGGACUGUGGAGCAAGCUUGGGCUAUAGUUCCCGCUCCGUCGUUCCACUUCUCCGAUCUCGACGCCGGCACGGUGGCAAGGAAAUGCGCGCCACCGCAAUCUCCUCGAAGCUCCCACUUCUGACGCGACUGACCCACCGCCUCAACGCGGCCCUCUCCUUCUGCUCAGAGACAUGGCCGGCGGCGGACGUUCCCGAUGAUGACGGACUCCCAUACUUCGACGUGCCGAGGCCUCGCCGGAGUAAGGCGGAGAGGAAGCCGUACGUGACGCCGAUGAAGGUUCUGAUAGAGAGGGCGAAGGCGGAGAGAGAAGCAAGGAAGGCAGAGCCUUGUAGGGUUCUGGAAGAAGCUCCUGAGAACGGGUUGUUGGUGCCGGAGCUCGUUGAGGUCGCUCACCGAGUUUAUCAAGCUCACCGGACUCUGCUCUCUGGGCUGAGUCAGCUCGUCCGAGUCAUCCCCGUUUUGCGUUGUGGGUUUUGUGAUGAGGUUCACAUUGGUUUUGUGGGUCAUGAAAUUCGAACAUGUACUGGACCACAGAGUCGCUUGCGGAGUGCAAUGCAUGUUUGGAGAAGGGGAGGGGUUCGAAACGUGAUCUUCUUCCCAAGAUGCUUUCAUCUCUAUGACCGAGUUGGUAAGCCAAGAGUUGGGCAUGAUGAGAGGUUCAGUGUUCCUCGUAUCCCUGCCAUAGUUGAACUCUGUAUACAAGCGGGUCUAGACCUUGAAAAGUAUCCCACCAAGAGAAGAACCAAACCUGUAUACUGUAUUGAGGGAAGAAUUGCAGAUUUUGAAUCCGUUGCUGAAGAGGAUGAAACUAAAAGAAAAUGUUCUGUUGAAAAUUUGAAUAACUUUGUGGGUUCAUCCUCUAUUUUGACAAAGCCUGUAGAGAAGGUUCACAAUUUAAUGGUGAACAACAUAAGCAAUCUGGAUCAGUUGAGUGAUGAAGAUAGGAACAAAUUAAGGGAUUUGGGUAGACAAACACUGGACUCCUGGUUUGAGAUGACAUCAGGCGCACAGAAGAUCAUGGAGAAGUAUGUUGUGAAUAUGUGUGGAUAUUGUCCUGAGGUUCAGGUUGGUCCCAAGGGACAUAAGUUGAGAAUGUGCAAGGCUUCAAAGCACCAGUCUCGAAACGGUUUACAUGCAUGGCAAGAGGCGACGAUAGAUGAUCUUGUGGGUCCGAAUUAUGUCUGGCAUGUUGAGGAUUUGAAUGGACCUGCUCUGAAUAACAAUCUGAAGAGAUAUUAUGGUAAGGCUCCAGCUGUUGUUGAGCUCUGUGUGCAUGCUGGGGCUCCCAUUCCUGAUCAAUAUAAGAGCAUGAUGAGAUUAGAUGUGGUUUCCCCUGGUCGCGAUGAAGUUGACCUUGUUGCCUGAAAUGCUGUCCCUUUUGAAGAUAAACUUUAUAUACUCAAUCAUUAUUUGGGGUUCAUAUGGAUAAAAUCUUGGACUUUUGAGUUUGAUCAAAUCUGAACUUCGGUAUCCGUCUAUCCGCUGCUAGUUUUGUUAUUGUUUGACUAUCAGCUAUGUAGCCUGUAAUUCAUCACUUCAUGUACAGUCUCAAUAAUAGUUGCUAGCUUAUGCUAUCUUCAGAAAAGAUACACAGCUUAAAGUUGUACAAGUAUACUGCAUUAUCGCAAUCCGGUUGCGCUUAGCUCUAAGAUGUGCAGUUUCUUGUGAAAUUGAGAUUGUGAGGAUACGGGAAUUGCGACUAUGAAAGGCCAACUGCACCUAAUCAAACUUCAAUGCAUAUUGAUCAAAGUUCUUGCACGCAGCAUGAAGUAAAAACCUUAAUCACCAAUUUGCUGCAAGUCCAAAAAUAUUAAGCAUACUAUUGGUAGAGUAAGACUGCGAGGCUCGACGCAACGGUAAGGUUGUUGGCAUGUGACUUUGUGGUCACAAGUUUGAGUUGUGGAAUCAGCCUCUUGCAAAAUGCAAGGCAAAACUGUCCACAUUAGAUCUACAAAGUGGGUUCGGCCCUUCACUGGACCUUGCGCAUAGCGGUAGCUCUAUGGUACCAGGUUUGCCCUUUUUUUAUAUACUUUUGGUAGAGUCUACUCUAAGAAGCGUAGUUUACUUCCUCACUACUGAUAUGAAAGUUAAAGCUGAUUUAUCUAAACAUUUGUGCAAACCAACAUAUUUGUUGAAUUUAAAGAUGAUUAAUGGGAAAGGAGGUUCAUUGAUACUCCUACUCCUACCACAUGUUUGGUGGAUAAUUGUUGCUGCAAAAGGUAGAAUUGUUGAAGGAUUCAUAUCAUUCCUGAAGGGAAAAUUGCCUUCUCUUGUUACUGAAAUUGUUAGACUUAACUGAUUAUAAAUGUUUUUACUCAGAGGAGCUCCUCCAGAUUAUCAUCUCCUUUAUUAUAGAUUGAAAUCUUUUAUUAAA